ACGCCCCAUCGCAUCAGCUGACUAGUUGACUGACACACAUUUGGAGAAAACCAAAACAAAAGUGAAGCGAUUUUUCUUGUGUUCGUGUAAAAAACCGUGACUGAAACGAAGAAGGCGCUGAUCCUGGUGAAGCAUGAUCGCUGGUCGACGAUAACCACGUGCUUGUUCUGUUUUGCGUCCUCUUCCCCCCGCAACGCAAUGGCCGUCGCCGAUCCGUGGAGCACCGCCGGCAUGGACUUCCUGCUGGGAGGUUGUGCGGCCACCUGUGCCGGCAUCUUCAGCAACCCGUUCGACGUGAUCAAGACGCGCCAGCAGCUGCAGGGCGAGCUCGGCGAUCAACCCGGAACGCACCGCAACCCGUACCGGUCCAUCUUCAAGUCGUUUCAGUCGAUCCUCAAAGCCGAAGGAAUCGCCGGACUGCAAAAGGGCCUGGUUUCAGCGCUGGCAUUCCAGUUCACCAUGAACAGCAUCCGGCUGGGAAUCUACCAAACCGCGGAAAACUACGAGUGGACCCGCGGCCGGAACAAACUGACCUCCCUGCUCUACUCGAUCGGUUGGGGUGGCCUCAGCGGAGUGAUCGGUGCGACCGUGGCCUGCCCGCUCUACAUGAUCAAAACGCAAAUCCAGGCCACGUCCCACGGGAAGUACGCGGUCGGAUUUCAGCACAACCACGCGGGGACGUUCGAAGCCCUGGCCGGGAUCUACCGAACUCACGGAAUCACCGGGCUGUGGCGGGGCUACCCGGGAAUCGUGACCCGGACCGCGGUCGGGUCAUCCGCCCAGUUAGCGACCUUUUCCCAGUGCAAGGAGUUUUUCGUGCAGUUUGAGUUCUUCCAGGAGUCGGUCAUGGCGACGGCCUUCGUGGCCAGCAUGUUCAGCGGGUUCUUCUGCUGCGUUUUUAUGUCCCCGUUUGACGUGAUCGCGACCAGGCUGUUCAAUCAAGGCGUCGACAGCCGUGGCCGCGGCCUCCUGUACACCAGCGUCUUGGAUUGCUUCAGCAAAACACUGCGCGCCGAGGGCCUCCACGGGCUGUACAAGGGCUUCGUGCCCAACUACUGGCGGAUCGCGCCUCACACCAUCCUGAACCUGACCUUCUGGGACCAGUUCAAAAGCUGGAAGGACCUGUACUACUAGAGUGUGUGUUUUUAAAAGUUGGACGAAAUGCUUUGAAAUGCUUUGACUAGUUUUAGCGGGACUACAAGACGACAACGUGAUAUUGUACAAUUCUUUUUUACCUUAUUAACUGUUAGGCUUAUUAAAGAAAGAGAGAGAGAGAGA